UUUAAAGAAAGUCUCAAAAAGAAUCAAAACCCAAGUCUACGACUAGAGAAAGGACACCUAACAAUGUUCUAUGAAACAUGGUGGGUUGUGUAGUGUAAUGCAACCCGAAUUGAACUUCAAAAUCUCCCAAGAAUCAUGGAGAUAACUACCCAAUGUACUAAUGCCAACAAGUUGAUUCCUUUUAUCAUCUCCCUGUAUUUCCUUGGAUCCUCUGUUCAGUCUCUUUCUCCUCUACUGGGCAUCCACCCUUUAGAUGAGAAGUACUUUGGUUCGCAGGUGAUAAAGUGCAAGGAUGGUUCAAAGUCAUUCAGUAGAGACCGUCUUAAUGAUAAUUUCUGUGAUUGUCUUGAUGGGAGUGAUGAGCCUGGAACUUCAGCCUGCCCAAGCGGAAAAUUUUAUUGCAGGAAUGCAGGAAGUACACCUAAGUUUAUUUUUUCAUCCCGUGUAAAUGAUCAAAUUUGUGAUUGCUGUGAUGGAAGUGAUGAAUAUGGUAGUGGCAUCAAUUGCCCCAACACCUGUGUCAUGGGUGGAGAUUUGGAGUACAAAGCUGGAAAUUAUAUCUCACAUAUUGAUAUGAAAGAAUCGAAAAGGGGACUUAUUUUGGAGGAAUUAUUCCAGAAGGCUAGAGGAUUGAAGGUGAUAAUCAUCCUACAGGUGGUUAUCCUAGCCUGUGUAGUGAUUUACAGAAUAUAUUAUCAGCGGAUCAAGUUCAAAAGAAGACGCUUGAAGAAAACCACCACCAUGCCUCACAAACCAUCUGCGGUUCCAUAGAUUUGUUCAAGUCGUUAUUGCAAGACCAGCCUUUGCCUAUGGGCAUUUUUUCUUUAUACGAGUACAGUCAUCAGUCGAGCUUGAGAAGAUUCGAACAUGAUAUGGAGGUUGAUGUAUAAAUUAUACUAAAGUGUACAAGAGCCUAUGUAGCUGAAGAAGUAACUGGGUGUGUCAAGCAAUCUAUUGAGUUUUAUAUACUUUAAAAUGGAUAAGUUUAAUACGUCAGGCAACACAUAGCAACACAAUACAGCUUACUGUGAUUGAGGGAAUAUUACAUCUGGAAAAUAAUUGCUUCAGAGUUAUGUUUUUACCUAUACAAGAUAUUUCUUUUAUCA